AUGGGCUUCGAGGCACCAAACAGACUUUUUCCCCUUUCUUUUUUGGCGGCGCGAGGGGGAGUUUAUCCCAACUUCAUCCUCAUCUUCUUUAGCCUCUUAGCUUCAAGGCGUCCUAAAUACCCAGGAGAGCCAUCUAAACCGCUUUAUCUCCAGAAUUACCAUUUCAGGCAAGCUAAGGCCGAUGACAAGCUUGGUGGUCGUUGGUUGAUUGCACCGGCGCACUCCACCGUCUUCGCGGCCGAUGCUCUCCGGACCAGCCAGAGCCCCUAUCUGCUGAUUAUCCAACGCAUCAUCCGAGCCGGUCUCGCCGGGGAGAAGGAGGGGAUGAUGGGGCUGCAGGACACGAUGACCGAUGAGAAGAAGUCAUCGACGAUCCAGGAGCCGUCGUUGAAUGGGAUUAGCGAUGCCUCCAGCAUCCUUAGCGACUCUCGCGCUCAGGACAUUCUCCCCUAUGAAGCUGACGAUUCUCCUUUUCCCGAAGUGCGCGCGGUCGUCAAGCCGGUUGACGACCGGCAGCUGCCGGUUAAUACCGUUCGCAUGUGGGUGAUUGGUAUGGUCUUUACAAUUGUCGGAAGUGGCUUGAACCAAUUCUUUAGUCUGAGACAACCCAGUGUGACUAUCAGUGCUCUCGUCGCUCAGCUCCUAGCAUUUCCGGUCGGAUGUGCGUGGGCGCAAUGGGUGCCCUUGGGCUGGUUCAACCCGGACCACCAUUUCAACAUCAAAGAGCACGCUCUGAUCACAAUUAUGUCCAAUGUCUCUUUUGGGUCGGCAGCUGCCACUCAAGUGAUCGAAGCUAUGGUUAAGUUUUACGAUAUGCCUUCCCAUGGAGGCUUUGAGAUUUUGUUGAUGAUCACUACGCAACUAUUUGGGUUUGGUCUGGCGGGGAUGGCCGCACGCUGGCUCGUGGGUCCGGCCACUAUGAUCUGGCCGCAAGUGCUGUCGAACGCUGCUUUGCUUUCGACCCUGCACUCGCGCCAAAAUCUGAUGGCAGAUGGCUGGGUGAUCAGCAGGCUUCGGUUCUUUAUGAUUGUAUUUGUCGCUGGGGCAAUCUGGUAUUUCGCUCCGGGCUACCUUUUCACAGCCCUAAGUACAUUCAGUUUCAUCUGCUGGAUCGUGCCGGACAAUGUGGUGGUCAACCAGCUCUUUGGCCAAAAGACAGGGCUGGGCAUGUCCUUGUUGACCUUCGACUGGGCCCAAGUUGUCUACGCCAACCAAAGCCCCCUGUUAGUGCCAUUUUGGGCAGGCCUCAACGUCAUCGGUUCGUUUGUGCUCUUUUACUGGAUCAUCUGCCCGAUCAUCUAUUAUACCAACACAUGGUAUUCGGCCUACCUUCCUUUACUAAACCCAGAUACGUUCGACAAUACGGGCAAGCCGUAUAAUACCAGUCGCGUAAUGAACGCAGACGGUACAUUCAAUGUGGAGGCGUACCGCAACUAUUCGCCCAUGUUUCUCCCGGCUGGGUAUGCCAUGACGUAUGGCGUGGCCUUUGCGAAUUUGACGGGCAUCUUCGUCCAUGUCGCAUUGUACCACGGGAAAGAUCUGGUUGAGCAAUGGAAGGGUAGGAAUGCGAAAGAUGUUCACGCCCGGAUCAUGGACAGCUAUGAGAGUGUGCCGUGGUGGUGGUUUGGCGGCAUUACAGUCGUAAUGUUUGCGCUGAGCAUAGUGGCCAACGAGGUCUGGCAUACGGAUCUCCCGGUGUGGGCGGUCUUUCUGGCAUAUUUGCUGCCCAUCAUCUACAUCAUCCCCGUUGGUAUCAUCAAAGCUAUCACCAAUAUUUCCAGCAACCAACUCAAUUUGAUUACCGAAUUUAUUGGUGGCUAUGCUUUCCUUGGGCGGCCAGUUGCAAACAUGGCGUUCAAGUUCUAUGGCUAUGCGGGUGUGUCGCAGGGUCUCGAGUUUGUGGCCGACAUGAAACUGGCGCACUAUCUCCACAUCGCGCCGCGAACGCUCUUUGUCGCGCAGGGCAUGGCCACAUUGGUCGGUGCCGUUGUGCAGUGCGGUGUGACUGUUUUUAUGAUCACUCGGAUUCGCGGGGUGUGCACCCCUGAAGCCGAGGGAGGCUUUACCUGCCCCCAUGGCCAGGUAACUUACUCGUCAUCAUUAAUCUGGGGUGUUCUCGGUCCCAAUCGAAACUUCAGUCCUGGCCAGAUGUACGGGAAUCUCCUUUGGUUCUUCCUCGUAGGACCCGUCGUCGUGUUGGUUACAUGGCUACUGGGCCGACGAUGGAAGAGGGUCAAUUAUCUUUCUUGGCCCGUUGCAUUCGGUGCCAUGAGCCUCGUCCCUCCUGCGACGGGAAUUAACUUUUCGUCCUGGUGGUUGGUUAAUGUGAUUUUCAAUGGGGUCAUCAAACGGCGGAAGCCCGCCUGGUGGUCGAAAUAUAACUAUGUGCUUUCUGCCGCACUCGACUCCGGGGUCGCCGUGUCGACCGUCAUCAUCUUCUUCUGCAUUAUAUUACCAGCCGGACCAUUGAAGUGGUGGGGCAACACAGUGUAUCGGAAUACAGCUGAUGCACACGGUGUGCCAUAUAACCGACUUCCAGAGUCGGGGUAUUUUGGACCUGCAAAAGGGACCUGGCAAUAA